AUGGCUGCGAAGACUACUAAAGCACAGUUCCGGGGGGAAGCUUUCGAGAAGGGGCUCGAUAUUGCUGAGAUCCAUCAAAAAUGGGAUGCUGAUUCGGAAAUCAGAAAUCGCCUCCGAGGGGGGGCCAUGAGCCUUUUGCACCCGAAGAGCGGCUUGACUUGCGACAACUCGACAUGCAGUUUGAACAAAGGCCUCCUUACCCCGAUCCUCAUGGGCAUGAGUGCGAAUCCGGAUCGGAAGUUGCCUGGUUUGAACGACUUAAGGCAUGAGAUGGCUUGCUGCUUUCGGGCCAACAAUCGGGUAGGAAAAGAAGUUAUGGAAGCAGUGGCGGGAGACGCCACACACCUCCGCAAGCUUCUUUCACACGUGAAAUCGAAAGCUCGCCGUCACGAGGUAGAGAAGCCGAUUCUUACAAAGAGGGAUCAGUUCCGCUUGAAGUCCGGCAUCAAGAGUGGCCCGAAAAUGGGCCGCAAGGGCCACAGGGGAAAGCGAGCUGGCGGCAAAGCGAAAGGACCGUCCAAGCGAAGGCGAGGUGUGCUGAGAGCCUCGUCUCGCCGGAGUUUGGGCGAUGAGGCCGAGAAUGAUGAUGAGCUGGUGGAGGAGGCUUCGAUGAAGGCCUCUCCGAAGGCCAAAGCGAAAGCCAAGGCCAAGUCGAAGGCCUCACCGAAGGCUAAAUCGAAGGCCAAGGCCAAGGCCUCACCGAAGGCCGCAGCGAAAGCAAAGGCCAAGGCGAAGGCCUCACCGAAGGCCUCGCCGAAGGCCAAAGUGAAGGCCAAGGCGAAGGCCUCACCGAAGGCCUCGACCGGGGCGGAUGACACGACAUCGCCGAAGGAGAAGACUACGAAGAGGGGGCGAAGGGCACCUCCUCCCGAGGAUGCCUCAGUCAUGAGCUUGGAAGAUGGCUUGUGGUGGUACUUGUCGGCCGAGACCGAGGAUGACCUCAAGCAGCAGCUCCUGCCGCUUAUGCACAAGUACCACGAGAAAAAGCUGUGCCCCGAGUUCAAGAAGGAGCUCAAGGCUGCAACGACUGAGAGCGAGAACUUCGCCUUCACGAUGUACUGGACCCGCCCAGCGGUUGGUGUCCAGCACAAGGAGAGUGGUAUUGAGAUCGGGCAGAUUUCGACAGCCCCCAAGGCCCAAGGAUCAUGGGCUACCAAGAUGGUGGCUGUGACCGACGGUGCGGCGAUGCUCGGAUCCUUCAUCGAGGGCUUGCUGGGUGACGGCUACAUCGAGAACAACCCCGAGGCCAUGACCCAGAGCUACGACAUUUAUCGGAUGAAAGAGUACAUCAAAGCGGCCGUGCACUCUGCACUCGAAGAGUUCGCAGAGCUGUGA